UUCUUUGUGAAUCAAAAUUGUUUCACUAGCCUUAGGAGGCAAUAUAGCGAAGAGCCUAGGGUGCAGAACCCUCAUUUUUAAACAACUUACUUCCUUUAAUUGGUCAUUUUUGUUUACCUAAAGAGGAUAUCAGCAUUAUCGAGGAAAAAGAUUGGAAUUCAAAAACAGAAGCCAAACAUGAUAACCUCAGCAGCUGGGAUUAUCUCUCUACUUGAUGAGGAAGAUCCUAAACUUAAGGAAUUUGCAUUGCACAAGUUGAAUUCAGUCGUCAAUGAUUUCUGGGCUGAGAUAUCAGAAUCUGUUGACAAAAUUGAAGUCCUCUAUGAAGAUGAAGCCUUCCACAGCCGUGAGUUUGCAGCGCUGGUCGCCUCCAAGGUAUUCUACCAUCUGGGUGCUUUUGAAGAGUCUUUAAAUUAUGCACUUGGAGCUGGGGAUCUUUUUAAUGUUACAGAUGAUUCUGAAUAUGUUGAAACAAUCAUUGCAAAAUGCAUUGACCAUUACACAAAACUUAGGGUGGAGAAUGCAGAGCUUCCAGAGAAGGAAAAAAAAAGCAUUGACCCCCGUCUUGAGGGCAUUGUCAACAAAAUGUUCCAGCGCUGUCUUGGGGAUCACAAGUAUAAGCAAGGUAUUGGGAUUGCAUUAGAGACACGAAGGCUGGACAUUUUUGAGAAAACAAUAUUGGAAUCUAAUGAUGUCAGUGGCUUGCUGGCAUAUAGCUUAAAGGUGUGCAUGUGCCUCAUGCAGAAUAAACAGUUCAGAAAUGAAGUUCUCAGAGUACUGGUCAAACUCUACAUGAACCUGGAAAAGCCUGACUUCAUCAAUGUCUGCCAGUGUUUAAUCUUCCUGGAUGAUCCCCAGGCUGUAAGCGAUAUCCUAGAAAAGCUUGUAAAAGAGGACAACCUGCUUAUGGCCUAUCAGAUCUGCUUCGACUUGUAUGAAAGUGCCAGCCAACAGUUUCUUUCCUCUGUUAUACAAAACCUGCGUACAGUAGGUACCCCAAUUCCUGCUGUUCCUGGUUCUACUAACACUGGAACUGUCCCAACAGUUGAGAAAGAGAGUGAGGCAAUGGAAACAGAGGAAAAGCCUUCUGGCUCUCCAGCAAGAAAACCUGUGGAAGUGGAGGAGCCUAAAGACCAGAACUCCAAAAUGAUUAAAAUACUCAGUGGAGAAAUGGCUAUUGAGUUGCAUCUUCAAUUCCUCAUCAGAAACAACAACACAGACUUAAUGAUUCUAAAAAACACAAAGGAUGCAGUAAGGAAUUCUGUCUGCCACACAGCAACUGUAAUAGCCAACUCAUUUAUGCACACGGGGACAACCAGUGACCAGUUUCUAAGAGAGAACUUAGAAUGGUUGGCUAGAGCAACAAACUGGGCAAAGUUCACUGCUACAGCGAGUCUGGGAGUUAUUCACAAGGGCCAUGAGAAAGAGGCACUGCAGUUAAUGGCCACAUAUCUGCCCAAGGACACAUCACCUGGUUCUGCCUAUCAAGAGGGUGGGGGGUUGUAUGCUUUGGGCUUGAUUCAUGCAAAUCAUGGUGGAGACAUCAUUGACUACCUCCUUAGCCAACUAAAGAAUGCCAGCAAUGAUAUUGUACGUCAUGGUGGAUGUUUAGGGCUUGGUCUGGCUGCCUUGGGAACAGCCCGUCAAGAUGUAUAUGAUCUUCUUAAAUCUAACCUAUAUCAAGAUGAUGCUGUUACAGGAGAGGCAGCAGGACUGGCCCUUGGUUUAGUGAUGCUUGGAUCCAAAUCGGCUCAGGCCAUUGAAGACAUGGUGGGCUAUGCUCAGGAGACACAGCAUGAGAAAAUCCUGCGUGGUCUGGCUGUCGGAAUUGCGCUUGUUAUGUAUGGCAGGAUGGAGGAGGCAGAUGCUCUCAUAGAGAGUCUCUGUAGGGAUAAGGAUCCCAUCCUUAGGCGGUCAGGAAUGUACACGGUAGGCAUGGCAUAUUGUGGCUCUGGAAAUAAUAAGGCCAUCAGGCGUCUGCUACAUGUAGCUGUCAGUGAUGUUAAUGAUGAUGUCAGAAGAGCUGCUGUGGAGUCCAUUGGGUUUAUAAUGUUCAGGACUCCAGAACAGUGUCCAAGCGUUGUUUCCUUGCUUUCUGAAAGUUAUAACCCACAUGUACGCUGUGGAGCAGCCAUGGCCCUUGGCAUAUGUUGUGCUGGGACAGGCAACAAGGAAGCAAUCAAUCUCCUAGAACCUAUGACAAAUGACCCAGUGAACUAUGUACGACAGGGAGCUUUAAUAGCAUCUGCCCUCAUCAUGAUCCAACAAACAGAAGUUACCUGCCCGAAGGUGAACCAGUUCCGGCAGCUGUACGCCAAAGUUAUAAAUGAUAAACAUGAUGAUGUCAUGGCCAAAUUUGGUGCCAUCCUGGCACAAGGUAUUUUGGAUGCAGGGGGACGUAAUAUGACCAUCUCCCUUCAGUCACGGACAGGUCACACUCAUAUGCCCUCAGUGGUAGGCAUUCUAGUCUUCACCCAGUUCUGGUUCUGGUUUCCUUUGUCUCAUUUCCUGUCAUUGUCUUUCACUCCAACUGCCAUCAUUGGUCUUAAUAAAGACCUAAAGAUGCCGAAAGUACAAUACAGAUCCAACUGUAAACCGUCUACAUUUGCUUAUCCUCCUCCCCUUGAAGUACCAAAAGAGAAAGAAAAAGAGAAGGUGUCCACAGCAGUCUUGUCCAUCACUGCUAAAGCAAAAAAGAAAGAAAAAGAGAAGGAGAAGAAAGAAAAAGAUGAGGAGAAAAUGGAGGUGGAAGAAUCUGAGAAGGAGAAAAAGGAUGAUGAAAAGGAGAAGAAGAAAGAGCCAGAGCCAAACUUCCAGCUGUUGGAGAACCCCGCCCGGGUCAUGCCUGCACAACUCAAAGUGCUCAGCAUGCCCGAGACCUGCCGCUACCAGCCAUUCAAGCCUCUGCACAUUGGUGGAAUUAUUAUUAUGAAAGAUACCAGUGAAGAAGAAGAGGAACUAGUUGAGCCAGUAGCAGCUCAUGGGCCCAAGAUUGAAGAGGAAGAGCAGGAGCCAGAAGCCCCAGAGCCGUUUGAAUAUGUAGACGACUAAAGUAAGCAUUAGUGCUCUGAAGACAGCAUAAUGAAAACGGCCGUUCCAGAAUUAAUUCUCCAUCUAGAGCCCCACAGUGGUGAUGCCAAGGGAUAUUCUUCAUACACCAUCAACACUCUCAUUUUUUUUCUCCUUUCUCUGCCUCUGAAUCUGUCCUUUUGUUAUUUUCACUUACCUUACCAGUCCAUCAUUAAAAAGGAUCUCUUAUA